CCUGGGCCGGGCCCGAGCCGGAGCAGGAGAAGCAGCCGGGCCCCUGGACCGCGGCGUUCCCGGCCCCCCACCACCUGGGAGGUAGCCCUCCCCGCUGCCGGCUCCUCUCCGAUUCCCGCCCGCCGGCGGCCGCCUGCUCGGGGCGAAGGGGCUCUGCUGCGAGCCCCUGGCCCUGAGGGGCGCCGGGGAGAGGCGCCCCGGGGUCUCUGUGCCCGCCAGCGCCCGGCGGCCCCCGAGAUUGGGGUCGCGCCCGCCGGCCCAGACACCUGUUCGGCCCGGCCCGGCGUCGUCGCCGGGGGCCAGGAUGAAAGUGACUGUGUGCUUCGGCAGGACCGGCAUCGUGGUGCCCUGCAAGGAGGGCCAGCUGCGCGUCCGGGAGCUCACGCAGCAGGCGCUGCAGCGGUACCUGAAGACCCGGGAGAAGGAUCCUGGGUACUGGGUGAAGAUUCAUCACUUAGAAUACACAGAUGGAGGAAUCCUGGAUCCAGAUGAUGUCUUGGCAGAUGUCGUUGAAGACAAAGAUAAGCUGAUUGCUGUGUUUGACGAACAAGAACCACUCCACAAGAUCGAGAGCCCCAGUGGAAACCCCGCAGGCCGGCAGAGCCCAGAUGCUUUUGAGACGGAAGUGGCUGCCCAACUGGCUGCAUUUAAACCAGUUGGUGGGGAAAUUGAAGUAACCCCUUCUGCUCUGAAAUUAGGCACACCGCUGCUGGUGAGGAGAAGCAGUGACCCGGCGCCAAGCCCACCUGCUGAUGCCCAGCCAAGCGCUUCACACCCCAGUGGCCAGAGUCUGAAACCUGUUAUUCCAAAUUCCACACAGGACUUAGAAGAUGGAGAAGUUAUGAAUGGUGUGCAGACAGAACUCCUGACAUCGCCGAAAACUAUGGAUGCAUUGAGUAAUAUGACAAGAACAGUGGAGAUUUCUGGGGAAGGAGGCCCCUUGGGAAUACAUGUAGUACCUUUCUUUUCAUCUCUGAGUGGAAGGAUUCUAGGGCUCUUCAUCCGUGGCAUUGAAGAAAACAGCAGGUCCAAGCGGGAAGGACUGUUUCACGAAAAUGAAUGCAUUGUAAGAAUCAACAGCGUGGACCUCGUAGACAAAACCUUUGCUCAGGCUCAGGACGUCUUCCGUCAGGCAAUGAAAUCUCCAAGUGUGCUGCUCCAUGUGCUUCCACCUCAAAACCGGGAACAGUAUGAAAAAUCAGUCAUUGGACCUCUUAACAUUUUUGGUAACAAUGAUGGCAUUUUGAGAACAAAGGUGUCACCUCCUGUCCAUGGAAAAUCAGGAAUAAAGACAGUAAAUCUCACAGGAACAAGCAGUCCUGAAGAAGAUGCAUCGACUUCCCUGCAGCAAAGCAAGAGCCCCCGAGUACCAAGACUAGGUAGAAAGCCAUCCUCUCCCUCACUCUCCCCACUCAUGGGGUUUGGCAGCAAGAAAAAUGCAAAGAAAAUUAAGAUUGACCUAAAGAAAGGACCUGAAGGACUUGGUUUCACUGUGGUUACCAGAGAUUCUUCCAUACAUGGUCCUGGUCCCAUUUUUGUAAAAAACAUUUUACCAAAGGGAGCAGCAAUAAAAGAUGGCCGCCUACAAUCAGGGGACAGAAUUUUGGAGGUAAAUGGCAGAGAUGUCACUGGACGAACUCAGGAAGAGCUCGUGGCCAUGCUGAGGAGCACCAAGCAGGGAGAGACCGCAUCACUGGUCAUCGCCCGCCAGGAAGGGACUUUUCUGCCCCGAGAGCUGAAAGGAGAACCUGACUGCUAUGCACUCUCCCUGGAAACAACUGAGCAACUCACCUUCGAGAUCCCCCUGAAUGAUUCUGGUUCCGCUGGUCUUGGGGUGAGCUUGAAGGGGAACAAAUCUCGAGAAACUGGAACAGACUUGGGGAUUUUUAUCAAAUCCAUCAUCCACGGAGGUGCUGCUUUUAAGGAUGGUCGGCUGCAGGUGAAUGACCAGCUGAUUGCAGUUAACGGGGAAUCUCUUCUGGGAAAGUCCAACCACGAAGCUAUGGAAACACUUAGGCGAUCAAUGUCCAUGGAAGGAAACAUACGAGGGAUGAUCCAGUUGGUGAUUCUGAGGAGGCCAGGGAGACCACUGGAGGAGCCUGCAGAGUGUGGGGCAUUUUCUAAGGCGUGCUUUGAGAACUGUCAAAAUGCUGCAACCACCUCCAGGAGAAAUGAUAAUAGUACAGUGCAUCCAUUUGGCACUUACAGCCCACAAAACAAACAGAAAGAGCUGUUGCUUCCCAAUGACAGAUGGGCUGAGAGCGGAGGACCUCCUCCUCCUCCACCACAUCCCGUUCUGGAAUUGGGCCUUGAAGAUUACAGCCACAGCUCUGGGGUGGAUUCAGCAGUAUUUUUUCCGGAUCAGCGCCUCAACUUUAGAUCUGUGACACCAGCCAAGCAGCCUGAAUCAAUGAAUCUGAAAGCCUCAAAGAGCAUGGACCUUGUGCCAGAUGAAAGCAAAGUCCAUUCGUUGGCUGGACACAAAUCGGCAAAACACAACUGGAGUGGAAGCAGAUGUGAGUUCCCUCUCUACACUUGGGUCAGCUUCCAUAGAGGAUCUUUCCUUCCCAUGACCUUCUCCUCCUUCAGCAAAGAUGUAAACCCUGAAGCAUUUAUCCAAAGAGCAGCUAUUUUGAGGCCAGUCUUCUCCAUCUUGACUAUGAAUCAAGACUCUCCAAGCAAAGAUUUCGGUCCAACUCUGGGUUUGAAAAAGUCCAGCUCCUUGGAGAGCCUGCAGACUGCAGUUGCCGAAGUCAGGAAGAACGAACUUCCCUUCCACCGGCCCCGGCCGCACGUGGUCCGUGGCCGAGGCUGCAACGAGAGCUUCCGAGCAGCCAUUGACAAAUCUUACGAUGGACCCGAAGAAUUAGAAGCUGAUGGUCUCUCUGAUAAGAGCUCUCACUCUGGCCAAGGAGCUCUGAAUUAUGAAUCUGCCCCUCAGGGGAACUCUGAGCUAGAGAAUGCAGAAAAUAAAGCCAGGAAAGUCAAGAAACCGAAAGAAAAGGAGAAGAAGAAGGAAAAGGGCAAAUUCAAAGUCAAGGAGAAAAAGCAGAAAGAGGGAAAUGAAGAUCCAGAAAGGAAAAUAAAGAGGAAGGGAUUUGGUGCCAUGCUGAGAUUUGGAAAGAAGAAAGAUGAUAAGGGUGGAAAGGCUGAUCAGAAAGGCCCUCUGAAGCAUGGUGGCCUGAGAGAAGAGGAGCUGGAGAAAAUGAAAGAAGAACGUGAGAGGAUUGGGGCAAAACAUCAGGAACUAAGGGAAAAGCAAGCAAGAGGUCUUAUUGAUUAUGCUGCUGGUGCGAUUGGAUCACUGCAUGAUAUGGACGAUGAUGAAAUGGACCCCAACUAUGCCAGAGUAAACCACUUCCGGGAAUCAUGUGCAUCAGCAAAUGUCUAUAGAUCUCCAUCUCCCCCUCGGGCUGGACCACUGGGGUACCCUCGGGAUGGCCGUCCACUGUCUCCAGAGAGAGAUCACUUAGAGGGUCUCUAUGCCAAGGUCAACAAGCCAUACCAUCCACCAGUGCCAGUUGACAGUGGCCGUUCCAUGAGCGGAAGCACUGACCGCAUCCAGAAGUUGCGGAAGGAGUAUUAUCAGGCUCGGAGGGAAGCUUUCGCUUUAUAUGAGGACAAUGAAGGAAGAGCAAGACCUGACUAUGACCUUCACUGGAACUGUUUCUGGAACAGUAGUACUGAAGAAACGUCCAUUAGUUUAGCCAGGGCAAGUCAGAGGAUCACAGAAAUGACCCCUACAGAGCAGGAAAGAGAUUCUCUCCAGGUGUCUGGAAAGGGUCCAGAUGGGAAUGCACACAACCUCCGCUUUGAGGGGCUGGAGAGACAGUACGCCUCCUUACCCAGGGGAGGACCAGCAGAUCCUGUAGACUAUCUGACAGCAGCACCUCGAGGGCUCUACAAGGAAAGGGAGCUUCCGUAUUACCCAGGGGCUCAUCCCGUGCAUCCGCCCAAAGGGAGCUACCCCCGCCCCCCAGAUCUGAGGAUCACAGAUCUCCGGUAUCCCCAGUACUAUCCACCCCCGCCAGCCCCCCAGCACAAAGGACCCUUCCGACAAGAUGUGCCACCUUCCCCUCCUCAGCACCACAGAGUACCAGCCUACCCAGAAAUGGGCAGACCAGUGCCCCGAGGGGGCAGCCCAGAUCAGUACCCCUAUCGAAUGCAGGAUCCCCGGCAGAAGAACCCCAUGACCGCAGCCGUGUAGCUGAACGCCACCAAGCUCAGCCCAGCCCAGAAAGGAAGACAUCCAACAUCACCUUUGUUCUUCCUACACCUUAAGGCCUUCUUCCUGUUAAGAAUCCGCCAUGGUACAGAUGAGGUUUUUCUCACUGAGGCUGCAACACUUGACUGCUAAUCAGAGAGAAAGAAGGGGAACAGGAGUUUGGGGAGGGAAAUCAGAAGGAAGAGGAAGGAUGGAGCCAUAAAGAAAAUACUGCCUGAAAUACUUUUAGAAUUGUUCGGUUCACUGAGAGCGGCAAAUGCACAGGCAGAUAACCAUGGAGAUCUACAACACGGUGCCUCCCCGGAGCACAGACAUGCCCCAUAGCACUGGCAUCACGGAGGGCAGACUCUGCCCGGGAUCGUCAUCCAUUCGGAGACUAAGCUUCAGCCGCCUGAUUAGAGGUGUUAAGUCUGUGAAGAGUGGUCGCCAAUAUGGGUGUCCUAAGUGAGUGGUUUUUACAUUGAAGAAACAACAGCGGCAAACGUGACGAGUGAUCUCCUUGAACUGGUUUAUACCUAGAGGAAGGCUGCGUUUCUUUAUCUGUAGAACUUCUCAGGUUCUCAGUUCCACUCACUGGGUAUAAGCAUGUCACGUUUCCUUGCUUUUAGUAUAAAAGUAAGAUGUGAAUGCAGUGUUGGUGUCCUGGGAGAAUGGACAAAGCUAGUCGGAGCUUCCACAAGAAAUAUAUGCCUAGCAUCACGGCAGUCAGGUUAAGACGCUGACAUUCCUGUGGUCCUCACCUUCCUUCCUCCCACGUCCCAGGCACGACAGCAUGGAGAUAUCUGGCUUCCGAGGCAUCCCCAAAUCUCCUGCCUAUAAUUAUUGUUAAGUGGGGCCUCUAUUUUAAGGUUCCCACUUGAGAGUUAAGAUGUACUCGGGAAAAAGAGGGCCCACUGGUUAGUUUGCACAGGAAGCAGUGCUCUGGAGAUGCCAAUUCCCGACGCAGUGCCAAACAGCGCCAUAUGCACCCGGCGUCAGGGAGGGGCUGACUGUGCUCUUUGGGAAUGAUAACUGGCAGGUCGUAGAUGGUGGUGACUGACUCUGUGUGUGUGUGUGUGUGUGUGUGUGUGUGUGUGUGUGUGUGUGUGUGUGUGAAAGUGUAUGAUUACCAGUAUGGAGAAUGGAAAAUAAAAACGCUUUCUGGAAAGUUUGAUGAGGAAGGGAAUAAAAAGGAAAAAAGCCAGAAAACAGAAGGGAAGGGAGAAGGAGCAUAAAACUAAAUCAUUCUAUAUCUGCUAUAUUAUUUCAUUAACAGAAGUCAGGGCAAGAGCAAGGCCAAGGUCUCCAGUUGGGAAAAGAAGGUCUUAUGGUUUCAAAAAGCUGAAAGCCCACCCUCCAAAAUCCAUCGCAAUUUUUUUAGAGCUUUGCAGCUAUAUUCUACUUAUUUCAACAUAGAACCUCUAAAACCUACGACCUAACCCAAAUGAGAACAUAAGAGAAAACUGAGAAACAGCAAAGCAUGGGAGCAGCAACUCGAAUUGUUCAGUGACUCCUGCAGUACUUUAAACCUUUCUACAUUCCUUCUUCAUUCCCUCCCCAAAAAAGUCUUGAGUUCAAUUUAGACAUAUUUUGGCCAAGAUUAGGAUACCUCUGACUGCUAGGAUUUAAUAAAUUAUAGAUUAUUGAAUAUAUAGAGUAUCUAUCCAGCCCAGUUUAGUCUUAUUUUAAUUUAAAAUAGAGUUCCAUUACCAAGAAUGGUGCAACGGCUGGGUUUCGACUUAACUAGUGUUACUUACUGAACUUUAAGAGGUAUCAUCUUCUAAACUACAAUUUACUUAUGGCCCUCUUGAAAAUAGACUGUCAAGUUGUUUUUUGCCCUCUAUCAUCUCUCUUAUGCCAGGCACCUUUAGAUUGUUCGCAAUUUGUGCAGAGGUUGAGGAUUGGGCCCUGCUCACCUAGAGCUGGAGUGCAGGUGAGCUGUAGGGUUUCCCAGCCAACAUGCUGCAAGCUGCCUUCCCCUCAAGCUAAAUAAACCUUCAAGAAGACAAGGAUAAGAUGAGGGAAGUGUGAUGUAUUUUGAAGAGUUAAAAAUCAGCUCUUUAGGAUGUUCCAUAAUUUAACCACAUUUCUGUAGACUACUGUACAUAGCCAAGCCAGAAGCUUCCUUCUGGAUUAAGGCCAAGGUCCCACAAGGGGCAGUGGUAUAAGGUGAGACGCUCCGUGUGUGUUGGAGGAGUGGCCCCUGUAGGAAGAAUGCCUAUAUUUUCACCACGUUGCCACCUUGUGAGCAUAUCUCCUGCACUCAGGCUCGGGGAAAGCUGCUCCAAGCAUGGUUUUGUGUUGUACACACAGGUAAUAAAACAGUUGCUAAUCCUGAGGGGCAGCCACGGAUGUGAAGGUACUAUGAAAACGGAUGAAAAAAAGAUUAUAGCAGUUUUCUUUUCUUGCUUGAAGUAUAACACACGCCCCAUUAGACCCUACGCAAAAGAAGCUAGCAUUGCAUGUGCGACAGUCUUCAUCAAGCCAAGUAACAAUUAAGAACAGCUUGAAUGUAAGCUUUGCCUGUGAACCAGCCCUCCAGCUGUCACCACCCAGAGGUUAUGGAACUCUUUCCCAGUAUUUAGGAGAACAGGUUGUUUAGAGCAUUUAGAAGACCAGGCUAUCAUCAAUAGGUGCCCAGUAGCAGGAAAUAGUUCCUGGUUUAUUUAUGGCCUUGGAAAAACUCAAUCAGGUGUCUCCUUGUAGCUCGGAAUGCUAAGUAGACCCCCAGGAAAAGGUGGCAUGGCGAGCUUGGCGAGCUGCAAACCCAUCAACGUACACCCACCCGGCUCCUCACCUGACCACUGGGUCAUCCAGGCCUUGAAAUGAUGUAUUGGCCUCAAGUAACUAGUUAUUUUAAGGAGCUCUGUUUGUGUCUCUUUUUGCAGGAAUAGAGAGAUAAAAGGGAGCAGACCACCGAAAAAUUUUAGAUGCAGGCAAAUUCAGUCCUCUACAAGGGAGCGAAACACACCAUCUCACUAACCCAUUGUAUCAUUGGUCUGUGGCGGUAUCACUCUUGGUAUAAUAUUGCUUCCCUAUGGUAUCACACCACUGGAUGAAAGUCAAGCGCCAAGUCAGGAGUAUUUUCUUAAAUCAUGAUUGACAAGAAAAAUUGGGGGAAAAAAUUACCGCAAAGCUCCUUAUUCUUAGAUUUUUAGAUCUAUAUGCAUUGACCUCAUAGUACAGCACAGAGCAAAGAUCUUAUAAUCAAGAGCACGGAUAAAGCCUCACGUCACCCUGAGGAGGAAACUGUACACACCAACUGAGAGAGGAGAUUUGAGACUUCACUGUAGCUUUAUUUUUGCCACCAGUAACAAAAUUAAAACAUGAUUCAUUAUUCCUUCCAAAAAUUUAGGAACUUGUUGAAUGAAAUCUAUCUUCUGAAGGAACUCCACCCGACAACUUUUGGAGUUGCCAUGCAUAGGGCUGGUAUGCACAGUGAUCAAGUCUUUAGAGAGUGUUCAUUCCCUAACCUGUAACCACAGCGUUCAUUUUCUUUGGAGGAACAUCUUAGCAUUUCAGAGGAAUACAGAGAUCCGGAGAGUUUGGUGUGGACAGCAAUAUGUGUCUCUAAAAUUUUCAUUGGCAUUAAACUCUGAAAUCCACAAUGAAUGGCCUUCAAAUUGGUGCUAAAUUGGGUAGACACCCUACUGCUUUGACUCCAUGAGCCACAGAAAGUCCAGAUUUAGCACAAUUAGGCAGGAGGGAGUUGGAGUCAGAAACAGCCUGCGAGGGUAUUUCUACUCCCGGUUCAUGCCGACUUAAGUGGAAAUGAUGCCACAAUGAGACCAGAAAGAGGAGUCUCCAUAAGAUAUCGCUACAAAGUCACCUUUCUGAUAAAAAGGAAAAUGAAAGUUAGAUAUCUAAAAUAAGCCUAGAAUCUCAUAUGCAGCUACAACUUCUAAGGGAAACUCUCCCUCAUGUCCUUAAAUCGUAAUAGAAUCUCACACAGCCUGACUUUUAAAGGGGCUUCACUAUAAGCCCAGAGUGGAGAGUGAACUAACCCCCAAGACUGUCUCCUGACUCAGCUCUUUCAGACGAUGUUCCAUCCAUGCUGACUGCAGUGCUAUUUACUACUGGAACAUAAAAACAAAACCUGCUGUUUAUACAGUCACUUUUUCUAGUGUUUUCCUGUGCUUAUAUGAUCCCAAGUCUGUUCAUAAGUUCUGAAGAUAAAUUAUGUGAAAUCAUAUUUUGGCAUAGGGGGUGGAGAAUGAAUUUUUUACAGACUUUUUAGGAUGAUCCCAUUUUUACCACAGAAA